CACUAUCAUCAAACCUCACUCCAACUAGAAAAAAAAUAAUCACAAAAAAAAAAAGAAAAAAAAAUGGAGUUCAAUCAGAGGAUCGCGAGGAUUUCAGCUCAUCUCCACCCUUCAAAUCCUCAGGUUUCGGGGGAGAAUUCUCCGAUACUGAGGGGGGCGGAUUGCAGGGCGAAGGGGGGCGCCCCCGGUUUCAAAGUUGCGAUAUUGGGGGCCGCCGGAGGAAUAGGGCAACCGCUUGCAAUGCUGAUGAAGAUGAAUCCAUUGGUCUCUGUUCUUCAUCUAUACGACGUCGUUAAUGCCCCUGGUGUCACUGCUGACGUCAGCCAUAUGGAUACUGGUGCUGUUGUAAGAGGUUUUCUUGGUCAACCUCAACUGGAGAAUGCUCUAACGGGAAUGGACCUUGUAAUAAUUCCUGCGGGUGUUCCUAGGAAGCCAGGAAUGACGAGGGACGACCUUUUCAAAAUCAAUGCUGGAAUCGUCAAAACACUUUGCGAAGGAAUCGCAAAAUCUUGCCCGAACGCUCUUGUUAAUCUCAUCAGUAAUCCUGUGAAUUCAACGGUCCCGAUUGCAGCUGAGGUUUUCAAGAAAGCUGGUACGUACGAUCCCAAAAGGCUUUUGGGUGUCACCAUGCUUGAUGUUGUCAGAGCCAAUACUUUCGUGGCGGAAGUUUUGGGACUUGAUCCGAGAGAAGUUGAUGUUCCUGUUGUUGGAGGGCAUGCUGGAGUGACAAUUUUACCCCUCCUAUCACAGGUAAAACCUGCCUGUUCCUUUACACCGGAGGAAGUCGAGUACCUCACCAAACGCAUACAAGACGGUGGAACCGAAGUAGUUCAGGCAAAAGCUGGUGCAGGCUCUGCAACACUAUCAAUGGCAUAUGCGGCAGUAAAAUUUGCAGAUGCAUGCCUCCGAGGAUUACGAGGAGAUGCUGGCAUUGUCGAAUGUGCUUUUGUAUCUUCCCAGGUUACCGAACUCCCGUUUUUCGCCUCUAAGGUACGACUCGGUCGUGCAGGUGCUGAAGAGGUAUAUCAGUUGGGACUUUUGAACGAGUACGAGAGGGUUGGAUUGGAGAAAGCAAAGAAGGAGUUGGCAGAAAGUAUUGAGAAGGGGGCUUCCUUUAUCAAGAAAUAGAAUAUAAUCAUUUAUUAAUGUGUUUUUAAGGUAAUUUAUUUGUUUUUGUUCCCUAAUAAAUAAUGUUAUAUAUAUCUAUAUACAAUGUGUUAUUGAAGUUUAAAAUGUUAUUGAAGUAACUUC